UUGGUUAUUGAAUUUGUGAAACAAGUAUAAUUUAGUGUAAAGCAAAAUAAAAGUGCAACAAUAUGAGAUUAACUGUUUUGAAUACUUACAAACUUUUAUUUUUAUGUGCGGUCCUAUUUCAACAAGAAAAUGCAGGACUACCACCUCCAAAGAAAAACAGUUGUAAGUUAUCAAUAUAUAAACAGUCUGAUAUAGUCUUCUCUCACCGGAAAAAUUUAUUAAGUAGCAAUUUUUGGGAAAAUGAUGACUGGGUGAUAAAAGAAUCAAGCAGCUUAUUAACUAGGCCCCAUUUUGAAGCCGAUUUUAAAGACUUCAGACCAAAGAAGCAGAAUGAAUUCGUGGUGAAUUUUGAUAAUAAACUGACUUCUUACAGUUUUUCGGUAAAGGGAACAAAUGAGAUAAAAUUUUUCGCAAUCGCAGGAGAAAACAGCACUCCUUUUCACUGUGAAAUAAACGAAGCAGAAAUCUGGACCACAAUUACUAUUUUCGUAAAGAAUAAUAAGUUGUUUUAUUAUAAAAAUUAUGACAUAUUAAUGCACAAGCUCCCUCUGGUUCCAAAAGAAUUAAUAAUAGAACCUUCGACACCAGCAAACUUUAAAAUCUACGAAUAUGAUUUUAGAGAAGCCACUAGAACUACUAAGAAACACAACAUAUUGAAAAUUCCAGGUUCCAAAGAGGUUUAUUUAAUUAUCUCUGUCUCCUUGUGCAACACCUGCGUUCUGGUUACAACAUAUAAUUAUGAUAAUUGUUUAAUUGUUUCAUCAAACAGCCAUAAUAAAGAAAGAUGGGAAAGAUAUAAACUAAAAAUAAAUCCUAAAAUUUCCAACCAGGUGAAGUUUAAUCGAAUCCAAAAUCCACCAUUUGAAAAUGGAUACUGGAGAUUACAUUUAACACUAACAGAUUACUCAGAAGAAGCAGAUGACGUAGUUCCAGAAGUAAGAAAAUAUGACGGUUUUACAAGGCGUCGAAUAUCAACAUCGUAUCCAUCCUUUCGCGACACAAUAACGUUUUCAAACAUAUCGCCUCCAACAUCAAAUGACUCAACGAAAGCUUAUUUUGUGUUCACUAAAAAUGGAUUUAUAAACUCAACAGAAGAAGUCAUUGCUUACGCUUUAAUUUUAUUGGAAGUGCCCGUUGAUAUACAAGGUACAAAUAGAUAUUGGGAUGGAACUUUUAGAACUUGGCCUUCCAUACCGAAAAAUUCUUUACAGCUUACACCCGAUCUUUGGCAUCCAUUCACAGAUGAAAUAGAGACCUGCAAUUUCAUAAUUGGGGCUGUCAACAGUUGUUGUAAAGAAUAUUGUUAUAAUAAACCUUUAAAACCUAACACUAAAUAUUGGUUAAUUGUUAGAGCUCUAACGAGUACAGCAUAUAAUGACAGCUCUCUACUCUCCUUCCACACAGGGUCGUAGGUAUAUAAAUGAGAAUAUGUUGUCAUACAAUUUUGAUUUUUUUACAAAAAUCUGGAUGACUAUGGUAAAAAUUCGACACGGAUUUAUAAAUUACAAGUGGAGAAGUAUGUAAUUUUAUAAAAUUUAAAUAAAAUUUACAUAUCUAAAAGUUGGAGAUGAUGUCAUAUCAGGGCCGGCUCUAAGGGACCAGGCGCCCCGAUGCAAACUUACUGUUCAGCGCCCUUAAAAAAAAAUUUGUAAAAAAAAAAACAAAUAAAAUUUUGUAAUCACAUAUUUUUGUAGAGAGAUACUUUUUAUUAAUAAACAUGGAUAAAAUUAUGAUGAAUCAAUCUUAAUAUAUAAAAAUGUUUGUCUUAACUGACAGACUGACUGAUUCAUCAACGCAAAGCCUAAACUACUGAAGCUACAAGCAUGAAAUUUGGACAGUAGGUUACUUUUGUGUCAUAAGCACCCAUUAAGAAAAGAUUUCUGGAAAUUCCGCCCCUACGGGGACAAAAUAGAGGAUGAAGCUUUGUGCAGAAAUGCCGUGGGUUUUUAAGUCAGACGGGUUCGCUGUGGAGGGAGGAGUAAACGAGAUGAAAAAUGAUAAUUCCACGGUCGGAAUCAAUACAUGAUCGUUUUCCGGGUUGGAACCGUGUAAUUUCUCAAAGGAGUUUCGCCUCUGGUAUGGUUGACAUACUGAGUUACCGUGCUCUUUUGCCUUAUUCUUAACCCUGCUCCUGAAGAUGCCACUUACGAAAGUGUGCGAAACGUUGAGCCCAAAAACCCAAUUUACACAGUUCCAACCCGGAAAACGAUCAUGUAUGAAAACUGAUGAGUCCUAAUUGCGAAUUCCACGCAAACGGAGCUGCGGACAACAACUUUUCUAUAGUUUAGGAAAUAUCGUUGUACCCUAUAAAAUUUUCUUGCCAAUAACGAGACGGACAGUAGUACAAUAGCAAGAGAUAUUUACAACUUACAGUUGUCGCAUGGCGGUAAUCCGCAGACCUUAAAUUUCUAAAGCAGCGGAAGUCCGAUCCUAUGCGUACAAUUACCUGCUAAAUGUUCUCCUACAAAUUCGGGGGGACUGGUGUGAGCCAUAAAUAUUUCUUACCACUGUACUACUGUCCGCCUCGUUAUUGUCAACAAAAUUUUAUAGGGUACACCGAUAUUUCCUAAACUAUAUAUAGUAUAAAUAUAAAAAUAUUUAUAUUGCAAACGUUUUUCAAUUUUUAAUAUUGUAAAAUUGAUACGAUUUCAAAGUUAUUUUUAAUUUAUAUUUACCUCAAUGUUAAUCGAAAUUUAAAUUUAAAAUUAAUGAUGACAAAAAGCUACGAAAUGAUACACACAACCAAAUUCGGCUACAAACAGGAACAGUGAAAAAUAUAACAAAACUGUUGAACAACCACCACAACCAAAACCAACCGACUAGACUUGGAAAAUAAAAUUUUUAAGUAUGCCGAAGUUAGGAAAAACAUCUGGGUGUGGUCAUACCGCUGUCUCGUCAAAUUGUUACCCAGAUAAUGCAUCAUAAAUCUGGGUAUUUUUUGUCGGUAUUGAUCUAAAGGUCCCAUCACCCAACCCAAAGGCGCACUUUUUUUAAAUUAUUACAGUUUGAAAGUGCCAGGAAUUGACUUCUUGGAAUCAGUUUUGGUGGUCAUAGUGGAAUGUUAAAAUGGAGCUUUUUCUGAAAAAUUUUCGAUGGGCGUCUUGGUCUGUUACUGCUAUAAUAUUUUAUUGGUAGUGAUUCAAUGCAAAACUAAUAUUAUUUUUUUUUUAUAGAGUUAAUAUAAUAGCAUAGGCGGCGCCCGCCGCCCGGCGCCUUUUAUCACGGGCGCCCCAAUGCGGUGCAUCUUUCGCUUACCGUGUUAAGCCGGCCCUGUGUCAUAUGAUUGUUGGUGGGAUGAUCAGAUAAAUUUUGGUUAGCGUUUUAGCAUCUACACGAUAUUUCUAAUAUACAUACAAAGUUUGACAACAAUCGGUCUGAUAGUUUAGAAGAUUAUCUGUUUAAUAAAAAUAGACACAGAUGGAAGCAGACGGCAGACGACAGAUGGGAGACGACGGACAGACAGACAGACAGACGCGAGAGACCUAUGUUUUCGUAUUCUAGGGGUCAUGAAACGUCGAGAACACAUAAAAGUAGCAGAUAGCCCGAUUGACUCGAUUACAAUACUUCCUUAGCUUACGCUCGGGAAAAUUACACAAAUGCAAUUUUUGUUUUAGACAACAUUGCAACCGAAACAACUUCAGUAUACAUAACAAUUUUGUCAGAAGCAAGCCAGUCUAAUAAUAAUUUUACAUCGCCAACGGUUCAAA